AUGGGGAACGUCCAGAAAAAUAAGUAUCCUUAUCUAAAGAGCUUUGAUAACACAAAGAUUUCUUUAAGCCUCAAGAUGGAAAAUAAUUUCAGCAAGGACCACACUAAAGCUAGCAGAAUCAAGAUCGAAGAUUUAAUACGGGAGGGAAUCUUUUUUAACAACAAUAAGAACAUGGAGAAAUAUGUCAGGAAGAGAAUUAAAAAGCUGACUAAUCAUAAGCCUUCUAAUCCUUCAGGAGUUCCUCUCACUCACCCCUUUUUAAAAUAAUCAAAAGCAGCAAUGUAAAACUCAGGGCAAAAAUUUGUUCAUGGGAAGAGCAAAAUUUUGCUCAAAUUAUUUGGUACCAUGAAGCUCAGAACAGAGUGUAAAGCGUCCAAAGUCAAGUUACUCUGCACGAAAUGUCAAUAUCAGGCUCUUUCUGCAGGAAAUAUAAGAAGCUUCACAGUAAAUAUUCCCUGUCAAAGAAUAUUGAGCCGGAACAAAUCAAAUAAACAGGGAAUUCCAAAGGAAAAUGUGUUUCUCAAAGGCUCUAAACUUGGAAAAUAGCGUAGAUUUUUCGAACAA